AGACUCAUGUGUAAUAUAAGUUUUGAGUUUGAGAAGGGCGCCAGUACAAAUCCGGCCUCCGGCAAACACCCGGGAGGAAUAUAAAGCUGUGAACCUCAGUGAUUUCGUACAGUUGGAGCAUUGACCAAUUCCAGAAUCAACCAAUUAACGCGAAUACUGUGACAAUGAAAAGCUGAAUGAAAUAUUCUAACAGAUAGAUAUUUGUUGAUCGAAAAAAGUACAAAAAUAAGUGGUGAAUAAAUUAGUAUUCCUUGGACUUUGUGCUUAUUUUUCUGGAGAGAAAAUCAAUAUGAAAAUGAAGGGAAUUUAUUAUUUUCUCGGUGCAUUACUAAUCGCCACAAUCACGAGAACAAACUCCCAAUGUUUGACUGGCAACGACAGUCCACAGGCAAUGAACCCAAGUGCCAAGAAUCUGCUGACAGCGUCGAAAUUUAACUUUUCACUCGAUGCAUUUAGAAAAUCUGCGGCUAUCGAGUCCAAGGAUAAUUUAUUCUUCAGUCCCCACAGUUUACACGAGGCCUUAACCCUAGCGUUCUUCGGUGCACGUGGAACAACAGAGGAGUCCUUGAGGAGAGCACUUCAGAUACCUCAAGAACUCUCGAAGAUUGAUGUUCAGAGGACUUACUCCCUUGACAGGGCUUUCAAGAAGGUUCAAGAGGAUCUGGGGAACACCUCUUCGAGUUACGAAUUGAAAACCGCCAAUCGUCUGUACAUCAGCAACGCCAAGAAGGUGAGAGAGUGCAUGAUAGACCUCUUCGGGCAAGAACUCGAAAAAGUCGACUUCAAGGCGGACCCCAACGCCGUCAGAGUGAAAAUCAACGACUGGGUCAGCAACACCACCAAAGGACACAUCAGGGACCUCAUCCCGUCCGACGGAAUCGACGAGACCAGCGAUCUCGUCCUCGUGAAUGCCGUGUACUUCAAGGGGCUCUGGCAGAGUAAAUUUGAUAGAACCAAUUCGAAGAGGGACAUCUUCUAUGGGUCGAAGAACUCGCUGGUUACUUUCAUGAGACAGAAGAAGACAUUCAAUCACAUUGUCUCCGAAGAACUUGGGGCUCACGUUCUGCAACUCCCUUACAAGGGCGAGGACAUCUCCAUGUUCAUUCUCCUGCCCCCCUUCGCAAUGGCCCGCACCCUGGACCUAUCCCAGAACGUCACAGUAAGUGGUGAUGGGCUAAGAGGAGUGAUCGAGAGGAUGACGACCACAGAGAGGGGUAUUCAGGAGCUCCAGGACAUCCUCAACGAUGGUAUGCCAUCGAAAGAGGUCGAGGUAUCUCUCCCUCGUUUCACAGUGGAGAAACAACUCCCCGUCGGUCAGCUGCUGGAGGAGAUGGGGGCCGGCGAGCUCCUGAGGGCUGGAGCCGAUCUCAAGGGAUUCGUUGAGGACGCCGAGGGUUUGCACCUCGGUGAUGCCGUUCACAGGGCUAAAAUCGAGCUGAAUGAGGAGGGAACAACGGCUGCUGCUGCCACUGCCCUCUUCAGCUUCAGGUCCAGCAGACCUGCAGAGCCAGCCGUCUUCAACGCCAAUCAUCCCUUCAUUUAUCUGCUGUACGACAAACAAAGCCAGUCCAUCAUCUUCACGGGGAUAUACCGCACCCCCACAACUCCUGGGGAGGCAUGAAAAUUCGCCAGAUUGAGAGAGUCUUUGAAGAAAUGGAGACAACGGAUUUUCGGAUUGGUCAGAGGUAAGGCGAGACGAGAUGGGUCGCAUUGAGGUCGAGUUUUUGAUGGGUAUGGGUGAAUCCAGAUGGAAUAGAGGAUAUUUUAUGUAUCGAGAUGGUUUCAAUGACUCUAGGGAUUACGAAGAUUAAAAAAAAUCAUCUCGACUCGACUUCAUUUGCCGAUUUGUUGAUGAGACCGAAUGAAGACUAUAAAAAAUACUUGAAAUGACGUUUCAGGAGCUUUUCGAAAAACCAAGUUCUCUAAUUAUCGAAAAAAGUAAAGAACUCUCGCAUCUAAUCAUCGAUUUGCCAAUGUAUCAGAGUAGACUAUAAAUCAUAAAUUCUAGUGGCUAAUUCCUCCAGAUGAGUCAUUAUUAUCAAUACUUAGCUUUAGUAUCUGUAAACAUAGUGUGUAAAUUUUUAAGCUAGAGUUUCAUGGAACGAGAUGAGUGUAACAACUCAAAUACAUCGAAUAUUUAUUUUUAGAAA